AUGGAUGUAUUAAUCAAUUUAUCUAAAGGAGGGGGUGGGGGUGGGGGUAAUAAUAAUAGUAAUAAUAAUAAUAAUAACAAUAAUAAUAAUAAUAAUGAUAAUAAUCCAAAUCCCAAUAAUACUCAAACAAUUUCUCGAUUAUCAGCAGGAUUAAAGUCAGUAACCCUUAAUGAUCAACAACAGAAUGAAGUCAAUUUAAAUUUAUUACAACAACAAUUACAGAAUGAAGCUACUACCAGUCAACAACAAUCAAGAAUUACUAAUUUCUUUCAAAAUCAACCUUCUGAAGGUUAUACAUUAUUCUCUCAUCGAUCAGCUCCAAAUGGAUUUAAAGUAGCAAUAAUAUUAUCAGAAUUAAAUUUACCAUUUAAUACAAUCUUUUUAGAUUUUAAUAAUGGAGAACAAAGAGCUCCUGAAUUUGUUACAAUAAAUCCAAAUGCUAGAGUUCCUGCAUUAAUUGAUCAUUAUAAUGAUAAUACUUCAAUAUGGGAAUCAGGGGCAAUUAUUCUUUAUUUAGUAUCAAAAUAUCUUAAAGAAAAUGGUGAAUGUGCAUUAUGGACUGAUAAUUUAAUUGAACAAUCUCAAAUUUCAUCUUGGUUAUUUUUUCAAACUUCCGGUCAUGCUCCAAUGAUUGGUCAAGCUUUACAUUUUAGAUAUUUCCAUUCAUGCCCUGUACCAAGUGCAGUUGAAAGAUAUACUGAUGAAGUUAGAAGAGUUUAUGGAGUUAUUGAAAUGGCAUUAGCAGAAAGAAGAGAAGCUUUAAUUAUGGAUUUAGAUGUAGAAAAUGCAGCAGCUUAUAGUGCUGGUACAACUCCAUUAUCUCAAUCAAGAUAUUUCGAUUAUCCGGUUUGGUUAGUAGGUGAUAGAGCAACAGUAGCUGAUUUAUCAUUUGUACCUUGGAAUAAUGUUGUGGAUAGAAUUGGAAUUAAUUUAAAAGUUGAAUUCCCAGAAGUCUACAAAUGGACAAAAUAUAUGAUGAGAAGACCAGCAGUAAUUCGUGCCUUAAGAGGUGAUUAA